AUAUAGAUUUCUUCCUCUCUAUUGAGGAUUGCAUACAGAUUCCGAAGCGCACGCAAAGCCCACGUUUGCUCCUCCAUUACACACGCGCGCCUCGUCCGGCCACACACGUGUCUCCUUAUAUUUUCACAUUGUCAAGUCGAGCCGCUCGCACGUAUUGCCACUCCUGCAAAAUCCCCUUGGUUUGGCACUUGGAGUCGAGGAUGAAGACAAACGAGAUGGCAACCCAGUUUAAGAAUGGCUCCACUGUCCUUACUACUUCCUUAUACAGCCCUUCUCCUAGCCCAAAAGUGGAAAAUGCAGUUGAAGCCCCUAUUCAUAACCCAGUUCCGUCCGCUGAAAGCAGUAAUCAAUCGAUGAUGUCCUUUAAGACUGCAGCUACUUCCGUUUCUUCAAUCUUCUCCCACGAUUCCGCUACGAACACGGUUGAAACAACACCUACUCCUUCCUAUAGGGGUAGCAGUGACUCUAAGCCACCGUCUACUUCGAGUUUGAUCAGGGUUAGCGAAGAUGCUCAUCCUGAUGCCGGUUUGGGUGCAAACGUUGAUGAGGCUUUAGAGAGACAAGUUCAAGGGACUCGAGAUAAGAAUGGCUCUGAGCUUUUGUCUUCUCUCUCUAAAGAACAAAAAUCCUCUUCAGCUGGUGGCACAACCUCAUCAAAUCCUGGGGUCAUUACAAGGGAAGACAAAGCAUACCAGGCCGUUCAGACUAGUCCUACAAACUCUAACGUACCACAUGUUCCCCAGUCAGAAGUAAAGCAUGUUCAAAGUCAGGAGGAUGAAAGAAUCAAAGCUUCGCCAAGCAUUCCAGCACCAGGUAACAAGAAGGAAGCUUCGUCAAGCAUAUCCUCCCAAAUCAAGGGAAAGACACCCCCCGUGGGCAGCCCAGGAAAAAAUCGAAAUCCCGCAUCCUCUCUCGAACAAAAGAAAUUUGGAAGCCCGUCUUUCCAGAAAAAACCAUCCUUCAUCAAGAGACUAGGCCACUUCUUCCAAGUGACAUCGUCAAACCCCGACGAUGGAGGCAUAAGAACAACCCCACCCACUAAAUCUCCAGCCUCAGCUCUCUAUUCUCCUUCCACUCGGCGUCAGCCUCGACGACUGAGUCCCCAACCAGCUGGAAUGCAACAAUGGCAAACAUACACGCCACAGGAACGGAGGCCCUCGAGGAGAAGUAGGCGGGGAAUGCAAACCGAUGCCAGUGGCAAUCAAAUUUAUAUACCCAGAUAUGCCAGUCGAGCCCAUGCACAGAGCAACAGAGCAGGGCUUCAAUACGUGCGUCGAGGGGCGAUUGAUUCGCGGCCGAGGAAGAAGACUAAGCCGAGAAGGGGUGUAGAACGUGUGUACCGCCCUGGAUCUCCUGAACCGCAGUCGAGCUCUAUUGCGCGUAGUAGGGUAAAUGGGGGUUCGGAUGCAGCGGUGUCAGAAGCAGGACCACCUUUGGCCAAGGGUAGGGCAUUGGUGAAGGAAGAUAGUGAGCCCGAGGAAAACUCCUCCAUUCCUUUCGAGAGCAAGGGACGGCAAGAUUCGGUGAUAGCAGAUGAAGGUACCCUUGUCAAUAAAACCACGGAUCAGCCAGGCGAAGGGAAUUCAAAACCUUCGCUAUUGCAGAGCACAACUCAGAGGGGGUGCAUAACCGCCGGUGCUGAGAAGCAAUGCAACCCUACAGCAUCGUCCCAAGAACAGUAUCAACCACCCCAAACCUCCGAGACGAAUAGAUCGAAGAACACGUCCGCGAGCAAAUCGAGGCAGAGAAGCCAUCCAAAACCUCCGCCCUCUCCGUAGUCUCGCAUCGGCGCCCGAAUCCAAAAAUCAGAGCAGGUUCUGCUGCACUCGUUUUUAGUCCCGUGGUGUCAGGCCUUCAUUUUCCCGCUCCUUUUUAUCAAGUUAUAGAUCUUCAGUUUCACCUUGUUCUGCCUCCGCCGCUGAAUCAAAGUUGGU